UCAAUAUUAACGCAUCAUUUUCCCAGAAUGUUAUCUAAACACCAAACAGGUUAGCUAGUUUUCGUCAACAUUACAAAUAUUUCGCAAUAUUGGAACAGUCAUAAAAACGGAACAUGCUUAGUGGCAGUAUAUAUUACAAUACCCUUCGGUGGCAGUUGUAGUUUCAGUUUCGCGCUUUCAUUAUAAGCACCGAUAUGGAGAGUAAUAAUUGGCGAGGGGUUCCUUUAACCGAGAUAUGGGGGGCGGAGUCCCCGUGGGGAGCACCGGAGUUCCCUUUAGUUGUCCUGGCGGCAGACCACACAGUGUUGUACCAUAUUCCAAGUUUGGGGUCAGGUGACCAGCCGCUGGAACCUCGGAACGGAGAAGACAAAUGGGAUGAUGAUUUCGUCAAACUGCCCUGCUCGAGUCAGAGUUUACACCAGGUUCAAGAUAGCUCGGGAGAAACACACAUGAAGAAACGCUGGGAUUCGAUCCAGAAGGCCCUGAGUCAGCCAAUCCGGAACAGCCAGGAGCUGGCAGAUGCCAUCUUAAGCUAUAACACGCAGCUCAAGGACACUUGGAAGUUCAAGGCACUGCAUAAGCUGUUCAAUGAGCAUUUAGAAAAAGAGGAAUCCCAGCACUUCUUUGAUGUCACUCUGCCUCAGAUGACUAAGCUAGCCCUAGACUUACCUAAACUGAUUCAAUCCCCGAUACCAGUGUUAAAACAAAACAAGAAUCAGUCUAUAUCACUAACGCAGCAGCAAAUAUCGAGUUUGCUCGCAAACGCUUUCUUCUGCUCAUUCCCGAGGCUAAAACAGGAAGACGGCAAAGAAAAGACUUCGGAAUACGUUUUUAUUCCACGCUUCAAUUUUAAUACCCUCUAUGAAACAUCAGGAGCGGAUCAUGUCCUGGGCAAACUUAAGUGUCUCCUUAAUUACUUUAAAAGAAUUUGCACUGAAGUCCCAGUGGGUGCGGUCACAUUCUCCCGUCGGUCAGUAUCUGACCACUGCCCCGAUUGGUCAAAGUCAUCCGCCUCUCUUUCUGUACCUCUACAUGUCGACUCUUCCAAUGGUAUUGAAGACGCUGACGGUUUAAUACAAAUGGACUUCGCUAACAAACGACUCGGCGGAGGCGUGCUGCGCCGGGGUUGUGUGCAGGAAGAGAUCCGCUUCGUGAUCUGCCCCGAGUUAUUAGUUUCUAUGCUGUUUACUGAGACGUUGCUACCUCAUGAAGCGGUCAUGAUUAUAGGCUGCGAACGCUACAGCAAGCACUCCGGCUACAGCCGCACCUUCCGCUUCGAGGGCGACCACCGUGACGUCACGCCGUCGGACUCGUCUCGUCGCCGUCGCGUCGCCGUGCUGGCUAUGGACGCGACACCUUAUAGGGGGGAUAAAUAUCUGCAGUAUACUUUACCGGCAAUAGAUAGGGAGCUUAAUAAGGCUUGGGUCGGCUUCAGCUUUUACUCCAAACAGCAACCCUCGUGUCUGCAGCACCCCGGCCUCGCCACCGGGAACUGGGGCUGCGGGGCCUACGGCGGCCUCCCGCAGCUCAAGACCCUCGUACAGCUCAUGGCGUGCGCGGAGGCCCGGAGGCCUAUGGCGUACUACACGUUCAACGAUGAGGGGAUCCGGGACGAGUUUGUGAACGUUUAUAAUAUGCUGAAGGAACAUAAGGUUACAGUAGGACAACUGUACCAGUUGAUCGCGAUGUUCUGCACGACGGACGUGCGUAAAAACAACCUGCACGACUUCAUACAGCACGCGCUGAACAACGAUCCACCCUCUAUUGAAAAUACGGCUAAACUGAAUGAGGGCUAACGCGUAUGAAUUCGCCGCUAGGGGCGCUAGUGUAGAUGGUGGUCUUUUCCAUAGUUCGAAAUGUCAAAUGUCACUUCAAUGACUGACAGCUGUUCUUUAGUCUUUUGGAUAUGGAUGGUAUAGAAAGGAUGCCAAUCUCUGAUGGCAUGGAUGGUCAGCUUUAAAUAAUAGUUCCUAAUCUCUCCGGUGGCGCUAGUUAGGCUCUGGGACAUGAGUAUAACAUGAACCAUAUAAGGCAACAAAUAACCCGACCAAAUUACGUAGGUUGUUUGUGGUAGUAUUUCGGUGUAUGGUGGCGCCGCCUAAUUACUGUUUUUGAUGGACACUUUUCAUACAUAGAGAUUUGGCUCCUUUAUAUAGUCUCCAUGUUUCCAUAGUUCGAAAUGUCAAAUGUCACUUGUCACUUCAAUGACUGACAGCUGUUCUUUAGUCUUUUGGACCACCAUCAACAGAGGCGCCAACUGGUGAGCAAAAAAACGGUAGCCCUCAUUGUCGCCCGCGAUAUUUCCGGACUGAUACGACCAAACCUUCAAGAAAAGGGCGUACUCCCAUCUUAAAGGCUUCCGUCCAUCGGCGACGAAAAUUGCUUAGGUACCAUCAGGUGAUUCUUCUGCUCGUCUGACUCCUGUAUCGUAAAAAAAAAUCUAAAUACUAUGUAAAAUAGAUGUUAUUACAGGGUGUCCUUAGCCAUUGGACAAAGCCGUAUGUAAAUGUACAUAUGCAUUAGGGUAUUUAGAAUCAGUAUACCAAGUAUCAUAACAAACGGUGUAGUGGUUACGAAGAAAUUAACAAAUUACGAUUUUUUACUUUGGAGCAGCCUGUAUGUUUUAAUAGCUCCCGAGGUAAUAAAUAGUAUGAAACCUUAUUUAUUGAUUAUCUUUUUUAUUUAUGACAUUAAUAAGAUUCUCACCAUGGAGACUGUAUAAAGGAGCCAAAUCUCUAUGUAUGA